AUGGUGAGGUCAAUAGUGAGUAAUGCGACAACCGGAGUGCAAGGAGUAAGCAGGUUAUAUUGUUGCUACUCUUUACAUUGUCUUGGUUUAAAGUUAAUAAAUGCAGAAAAUGGAGAAGGUCUUCGAGUUAUCCAUUAUGAAGUUGGGCAGAAAUUUGACCCUCACUUUGAUGGAUUGGGAAGAAUUGCUACUUUCCUUAUGUACCUGUCAGACGUUGAUGAAGGAGGCGAAACAGUCUUCCCUAUGUCCAGUAGCGGACUAUCUGUUUCACCAAAGAAGGGAGACGCUGUACUCUUCUGGAACAAUAGGCCUGACGGGUCGCAAGACCCUUCUAGUUUGCAUGCUGGUAGUCCAGUAAUCAAAGGAAACAAGUGGGCAGCAAAUAAAUUGUUUCACUUUCAGGAGUUCAAGUACCCCGACCCUAAUACACAACAAUAAAAAUAGCAUUUAUUUAGAGGUGAGCUCUCGACUUCGCUUAUGUUUUUUUUUUUUUUUUUUUUUAUGUUGAUGAAUCCUUUGUAUUGUAUUUAAUGUUCCGUCUCCAUUUGAAGGUUUUCAUGAUCUCACACAUGCUACCUCAAUGGAGUAAACCUCUUGAUCAGUUGAAAAGAAACAAGAAACCAGUCAUCUUUUCCUUGUCUUAGAAUAUAUUGUUUUUCCAGUUUUCUUAACUAUGAAAACAUGAUUUUAUAAUCUUAUCAAUGCGUCUUACCCAUAAACAAAAGAGUUGUCAUAUUUAUUUUAAAACGCCUUGACAGUGACAAUGGUUCCAAUUGACUAGGAAGAAGCAAAA